AUUCCUCGUCCUUUAACGAGACGAUCAAUUUGCGGAGGAUUCGUCGUGGAAGAAGUUCGUCAGAAGGAGGUCGUCAGCUGAUCGAAGUCAGCCGAUCGAGAGGAGCGUCGAGCAUCGGUCUGCAUCUCAUCGUUUUGAAUUGCCUCCUUCGUAAAUCGCGCGAAAGCGCGAAUCGACGAAACGAAAUUAUGAUUUUGUAGGAAGGUGUAAAUUCUCGUCAAUCUGAAUCUUCGCGUCGUCGCCCUGGAUGUUCCACGGAGACAAAAGUGUCCUGAAAGACCGGAAUCGCUGAUUUCGAAAGAGAUAACUCGAGGUGAUCUACGAGGAAGUUUCGUUAUCACGAAGGAAGAGACGAAAGUCUUGGGAGACUCCUCGUGCGGGUCUUAGAGUGACAUCGAGAGAGGGUGCGCGAAACGGGGGUGCAUGGGAGAAGUGCACGGUCAUUUCAAAGAACCCAUAAUGCUUUGCUUCGUUCAGGGGUUCUAUACGAAGGAUGACUCGAAAUCGCGGCGUAGCAAAAGGUCUGCGGGGUCCAUAGGCGCGCGCUCGGCACCCAGCACGCCCCUGCAAGCUGCCCCCGAUGCGCCGCAGGCCGGAGGCCAACAAUCGAUCAGCGGGUCCCAACUCACCGUGGCCGGCGCCAACUAUCCUCAACCUCCGAGGAGUCCCAGUCACGUGGCCUUGAGAUGUAACGACAGUCACCUUUCGAAGCCACUGAGUAGGAGUACACCAUCGAUGGCAGCUGGCGGCGCGCAAACUCCAGCAAAGGUUAGCAGAUCCUCGUCGAGGUCGUCGCCGACGUCUACCAGUAGUGCAAGACAGAAGAAAUUCCAUAGACAUUUCAGUCAGUCUUCGAAAUUUCGUUACCAGGUAGCGGAGGACGAGCGCGUGCUCAAUUACUACAGCUGCGCGCUGGUGGGAGACAUCUUGCUGCAGGGUCACCUGUACAUCACGCCUAACUACUUCGCCUUCUACAGCAACGUGUUUGGCUACGUGACGAAGCUGCUGAUACCGACAGUGUCGGUGCUGAAGAUCAGCAAGGAGAAGACGGCGCGUAUCAUACCGAACGCGGUGGCGGUCGCCACGGAGGAAGAGCGCCACGUUUUCUGUUCGUUACUGUCACGUGAUUCAACGUACAAGCUGAUGAAGCAGGUCUGGGAUGCGGCGAUGGAGCCGCGAAUGGCGGUGGACGCUCUGCCGGUUCUCGACAACGACACCAAACUCCUGGCUCCGAACGCGUUGCUGGUUGACGACUCCGAGGUGAACGUCGAGGAAGAUGAGUCGAGUAUGUCGGAAAGUGGUACCGAUCUCACGGCGGUCACCAGAUCUCCGGCUAUCUGCACCGACACCGACGGCGCUGCCGUGGCGCUCAGCAGGCCCAGUUUGUCUCCUGCCAGACUAGAGACAGCGGUAUUAACGAAGGCGCUGACACCGAGCAGAUCCGGCAGGUUGGGAUCUUUGUUUGCCAGCGGAUUGAAGCCUGGCAUGGUGAUAACAAUACUGGUGGCUCUCUUGGCAAUUCUUUAUGUAUCGGCGGCUCUAAUGAUGAUGCGCAUUGAUAGAUUGCACACCGCUUAUUUGAAUCAUCCCCUCGUCUCGCCGGAACGCUUCACGCAGGAUCGGUUGUUGCAUUAUCUUAAUACGAAUCUGGAUCAAAUAGUGAAGGUGCGGCAGAGUCUGCAGACAUUAUCGCAGCAGUUUGUGACAAUGAGCCAUCAGGGUGGUAGCCAGACGGGGCCGGCUAGCGGUGCGGUGGAACCGGAAGAUGCGCCGAGUUAGCCCUCGACGAUGAGACUCGACUCAAUUCAGCCAAAAAAUAACACGAGGCCCCGUCACCUCGCCGGCGCACGUAACGUUGUCUCGUGAACGACGGCGCUAUCGCCGUCGUCAUUGUCUUCGUCGUCGUCGCCACGUCGACGGCGACCGCGAGGAUCGAUCUCGCGCGAUCGAGAGCUCCUCCCGAGAAUAGGAGUUAUUGUCGUUUCUAGUACCUAGACUUCCGCGGGAGUUUAGAGAGGCGGUCGUCUCUAAUAAAACAAGAAAUCUCCGGGCGCAUCUCGAACCGCGUACCUUUUUCGAGAGAACUUUAGGCGAACCUCGAACGUCCGCGCGAACGAGCGAACUAGAACCCGAGUGCUUGCAGAUUCUAGGCUGUUUCGACAGAGACACACACGCAUAAAUAUAUUCUAGACACAGGAAGAAACAUACACAGACACGUACAGAUAGAGGAAGCGAAGGUACGAAUAUCAGCGCGCGACGGGCGAAGAGGUUUCUGCUAUUUUUUUUUUUCCUUUUUGAACUAGUCACGUGUAUACCUAAGCCCCAGGGUACGAUAAAAGAAACAAGAACAAAAUGAUAUAUGUAUAUAUACAUAUAGUAUAUACAUAGUUAUAUACAUAUAAAGUAUCUAUACAUACAAAUAUAGAUUAACAACGCAUAUUUCGCGAUUACUUGUUCGUUAAUUAUGUAUUUCGAGCUAGUCGGGCACUACUCUAUCACCGCUGCUAUAUAUAUAAUAUAUUAAAAGAUCGACACUAUUAUAUAGCAUCACAAGUGGGUAAUCUUAUCUCGUUAUAGUGCGUAAUACACGCAUCGAGCGAUGAUACUUUACUGAGACGAUAAGUAUCUACCGAGGUAUAAUAGGAGUUCGCUUUCCUUAUUCGCCAUUAGCUCUUUCAGUACCUGCCUUAAACCUGCAUUUAAUAAUGAUAAACAUUUAAUAAAAAUAUUCUACGAUGUUAUCCCUCGCCCCCGCCAUGUCCAUUUGGGAAUCUUGAGAUGGGAUUUAAUUUUCUCCGAUGUUACUCAACAAAAUUUUGAAAACAGGUUAUUGAUGGAAAUAAUUUGUGGCAUUCUAUAUUAAGCAACGAAACUACGAAUAAUAAGUGUUGAAUAUAUUGAGAGAAAAGAUAACGUGAUUUCUCAGAAGUUUGAAGAUUGACGGGCAGUUUUAAAAAAAGGUAUUUAUGUAUUCUCCUCUGUUUAUUGAUAAAUGAAUUCUUUAAUUAAAAAAGUUUUCGGUUUCUUGAAAACUUUUCUAAUUGAAGAGAAAUGUGACUGGCUUCAUAGUUAUUUGCUGAUAAUUUUAAUGUGACGUUAUUUAAGUGAUUCUCGAUGUCUUUAUAUUAUAGCGUAUAAACUAUAAUAAUUGAUAAAUAGAAAAGGGAUUUUUGACAAAUUUAAAUGAGAGUUGUAAACGAAAACUCUUGCCUAAAUAUUAGCGUUUGCAUAUUUGUAUCCCACGACGAGUGUAAGGGAAUAUCUAUAUAACGAUCUUUAAAGUUAAGCGAACACUGAUGAACGCCGGCUGUAAAAUUGCAUUGAUAAUAAGAGGAAGGCGCUAACAUCCCUACAUUUAGUUCGGUACUGAAAGGGUUAAAUUGCGCAGCUCGGAUGAACCUAGAGAUACAAGAGAGAGAAAAAA